AGCUCCGGCCCGAACUGAUGGCGGCUCCAAGAGGCGUCUCGAGACGAGCAAUGCUUGGGCCAAAACAUGCUGUCAUAGCAGCGAUUUUAUUGAGCCCGGAGCUUCGAAGCUGUGGCUUCAGCGUGGCGCCGCAGCAGCGGCGGCCGCCUGGGCUUUGCGGCCACGACCUGACUGGCCGCCAGUUCCAGCGACGAAGGAGUUGCACGGAGCUUGCGGACCCCGCGGCUUUCUCGGGGAGCAACCUCGGGGCGGUGCUGCGGGGCUUCGCGAGGCGACUCCUGGCCUUUCUCAGCAUGUUCGCCUGGUGGAGCUCAGUGCCAACGAAGCCCACGGUUGCCGCGCGAGCGAAUGUCAUUGAUGUCACAGAAGUCAAAGCCAAAGAGACUGCAGCCUCAGUUGCGGCAGUCGCAGCAGUUGCCUCUCAAGAGGACCCGGUGGUGCCUGGCAUGGACGCCGCGAACCUUGUGGUCCGUUUGGAUUCCGAGCCCGGCGUAGCCGGGACAGAGCUGGCGGAAGAGAAGAUGCGGCAGACGAAUCAGCAGGUCCUGCAGGAUCUCUGUGGGGAGGGCUGGAGCGUGAGGCCCAUCGACGCAGCGAAUGGCGUUUUCGAGCUCACCCUGCCGGCAGUGAGAUACAGCAUGCCUAUGGGAGUGGUGUCCAUACCCGCACCCCUCUUUCGUGCGCAGGUGCGAGACUCGGAUAAAACCGUGGGCAACUACCAGGAGCGGCUGAUUGCGGACAUUGUGCUGCAGAACGGCGACAAGAUGCUGGGCGUUGAGCUGGGAUUUCCCUUCUCGAGCAAGUUCACGAUUUCUGCGGCGGGUUGGGCACGGUGCCGAGUGGGCCGCGAGCCCGGCAGCGUGCGAUGCCAGGCCUUGGUGGAGAUGGGGCUGCAGGUGCCGAAGGUUCCAGGUUUGACAUCCAUCCUGCAGUUCUUCGUGAAGUCCUAUGCCAACAAGUCUGCCCACGACUGCGCUGUGAGCCUGUCGAAGGAGGCAGCGUAUGUGGCGUAGCUUGACCUGGCUGGCUUGCCAGUUCCCCUUGGCUUGUGAGUGCCCCGCCAGCAUGCCGGGGGCUCUGACCAGAAGGGGCCAGCUUACAUAACAUCACUUAGCCCACAAAUGGCGAUGAGGAGUUUGGGAAGAUGGCUCUUGACAUGAUUUGGAUGCACGAAGCUCUGCACAGG